GAUCUCCUCGCGGUUCCCGCGCGGACGAGGCUCCGUUCGAGACCUUUGCAAGAUUCAAGGCUCGUGGAUCCGUAGCCAUUUUGGUUCAAGGCGUUUGGGCCCUGGCCGUUUUCGCUGCGUGCAUCCGAAAGCGUGUUAGCUGUCGAGCAGAAGAUGGAGGUCGAUGGCAGCUGCCAGCUUCAGGCGAUAGUCGACGCGGUCUCCCAGCACGGCGAGCUCCGGAAGUUGGACCUCUCCGUCACCGUCGCAGACCCCUUCCAGGAAGAUUGCCCGCUGAUAGCGUGCAGCAAUGGGUUCACCGAGCUUACGGGCUACACCGUCGCCGAGGUCAUGGGCCGUAAUUGCCGCUUCCUCCUCAGCGGUGUGCCAGAUCAGCACAUCGACGAGGACACUCGGCUCAGGUGCCGUUACUAUGUCGCCGCCACGAGGGGCACUCCCGAAGACCCGGUCCCCGACGAGACGAUGACGGAGUACCUGAUGUCACAGCCUUGGAUGUCCGCGCGCCCUGGCGAGAUCAUCUGUGUGCAGACCAACGCCAUGAAGUCUGGCGAGUUGUUCAAGAACAUGUUCUACAUGAAGCAGGUCGAGCUCAACGAGCGGCCCUUCAUCCUGGGCCUGCAGGCCCGCCUGCCCGAGGAGUGGCAGGACACCGUGUCCCAGGCGCAGCUGGCCUCCUUCUGCCACCGGGCCUUUGCACGCCUCAGCGAGAACAUGAGCGCCGUCGAGGGCGUCCUCAGCCGCCACUUCUGGUACUCGGCCUCGGCCCGGCGGCAGACCGGCCCCAAGUCCGUGAGGCCCGCGUUCGCCCUGCAGGCAGGCGUCGGCCUGGCGGUGCUGCGCUCGGAGGCCCCGGCCGCCAGGGCGUGGCGCGCGGCCGCUGCGGGCGGCCCCCUCGCCGCCCGGGAGGGCAGCUUCGGCGACGCCGGCGCCGCGUGCGGCCGCUGCGUGUCGGAGACCUCCACGGCCGCGGCGUCCGGCCUCGACGACAUCGACGUCGACUCGGGCUCCUGGGCGCGCCUCAGCACGCCGGGCAGCGCGGGCUCCGGGCCGCGGCCGCGGGCGGCGCCAGCGGAGCUCCACGAGGGCUUCGACGUGGCGGGCGUGCAGCCGUGGCCCGUCGGCCGCUUCGAGACGCUCGGGAAGAUCGAGGAUGCGCACCGCAAUCAGGGCAGCGUGUGCCUCGUGAGGGCCGUCGACGAGGGGGUGCUGCUGGCCGUGAAGCGCAUGCCCAACGCCUGGAUCCAGGGCUCGCAGCAGGCGUUCGAGGAGGCGCACCCGGGCGAGACGGAGCAGCCGUGGGGUGACAUCGGCUGCAACUGCUUCCUCAACAGCGUGGGCUACCCAUAUUGCAUGCAGUUGGUUGGCGUAUACCGUGAUCAGGAGGCGACGAGCGUCAUCACCGAGUUUGCCAACGGAGGCGACCUCUUCGACUGGGCCUCCGAUCUGCACGAGCAGCCUGGCCUGGAGCGCGAGUCGCGCGUGAAGCCCCUGAUCAGGCAGAUCAUGCACGGCGUUCAGUGCCUCCACAAUCUGUCCAUUGUCCAUGGCGACCUGUCCAUGGAGAACGUGCUGCUCAGCACGCGCGAGGGCGACGACGCCCCACGUGCCCGGCUCAUUGACUUUGGGGCCGCGACCACCGAUCGGUUCGCGGCGUGCCGCGCCACGGGCAAGCCGAGCUACCAGGCGCCCGAGAUGUUCGACAGCGAUAGCCCCAGGGACGGCUUCCUGUGCGACGCGUUCUCCGUUGGCGUGGUGCUGUACGCCAUGUGCCUGAUGGACUACCCUUGGGUCUCGACGUCCGGGGGCGACAAGUGCUUCGAGUACGUGAGGGCGAAGGGCCUCGCGGCAUUCUUCAGGAAGCGGAAGCCCCCGGCCUGCAACAAGAAGGCGAUCAGCGAGGUCGCCUCUCCCGAGCUCCGCGCGCUGCUCGCGGGCCUCCUGGAGCUCGAUCCGUCCCGGCGCCUGACGCUGGGCGAGGACGCGUUCGGCGCCGGGCGCAGCUCCGUCUGGGACGAGCCCUGGAUGCAGUGAGGAAGCUCCAGGGGGCGAUAGGCUGGGUCAUCCUCCUCCUCCUCCUCCUCCUCCUCCUCCUCCUCCUC